AUGAUCAUUAAUAAAAAUUAUAUUGAAUUGAUAUCAUUAUUUCUAUUCAAUAAGAAGAUAACCAAGAAGAUCGUAAUACCCAAUUUUCUCAAAAUCAAAAAGAAGAAAAAAGAUGAAAUUGAAGAAGAGGAGGAAGAAGAUAAAAAGGGUCAAGAGGAAGAUGAAGAGUAUGAAGAGGAUGAAGAUGAAGAAGAAAAUAACUUGAUUCAAUUUAUCAUAGAAGCUAAAAGUAAUAAUAAUAACCAACCUCAAAAUUUUCAAACAUCAAACAACGACCUAGAAGAAUAUUUACAAGAUAUAGAAGAUGAAUUUAUAGGGAUAUAUAAAGACAUAGUAAAAUGUAGUAAUUCAAGAAACAAUGAUAAUAAAAGUUUCAAAAUUGAUAAUGGUCCCCAAAAUAUUUCAAAACAAAAAAACCAUUCUUUCGUUAAAGAAAAGCACCAAUAUGGUAAUACAAAAUCACAAACACCAAGUAUAGAUUCUUCAAAUGAUCCAAAGAAACGAAAAUUUGACAAAUUUGAACCAAAAGAUGAGGAAGAAUAG